CUUACUGUAUCUUCCAUGAGGGAUCUGCUCAAUAAAUUGUCUCUGCUAUCGCAGAGGCCUAUCAAAAGCUCCGGCCGGAGCUUGGUUAUUGAGAUAGCAGCAUUGGCCGCUGCCGGAGCCGGUGUAUUAUGGUCAAACGACCGCAAUUCUGAUACCAAAACCACCAUAUCAGUUUCAGUCUCCCCUCAAUUGCGCGAAUUAGCGUUUCUGGCAUGUCCAGCUAAAGUAGAAACUCCUCCAUUUUUGCCAUCUGACGAUUCGCCAUUAGGGCUUAAGCGGCUACUUUUCUCUAGAACCGAUUCAGUUCCGUCAACGGAUUAUAGGAAAGAUGCUUCUGGCGAAGUGGGAGAUGGUUCGAAAUGUUGUCCUGGAUGUUUAGGUAGAGACUCUAUCGCCAAUGCAGCUUCUACGGUUGGUCCUGCUGUCGUCAACUUGUCUGUAGCACAAGGUUUAUAUGGAAUGCCUUUGGGAAAGAGUAUAGGCUCAGGAACCAUUAUAGAUUCUGAUGGUACAAUCUUAACUUGUGCUCAUGUCGUUGUAGACUUCCAAAGCAUGAGAACUGUAUCGAAGGGGAAGGUUGAUGUGACUCUACAAGAUGGUAGGAUGUUUGAAGGUACAGUUGUCAAUGCUGAUUUCCAUUCUGACAUUGCUGUUGUGAAGAUCAAAUCAAAAACUCCACUGCCAACGGCUAAACUUGGGUCGUCAUUUAAGCUUCGUCCAGGAGACUGGGUGAUUGCCAUGGGCUGCCCCCUUUCUCUUCAAAAUACAAUUACAGCUGGUAUUGUCAGUUGCGUUGACCGUAAAAGCAGCGACUUAGGUCUUGGUGGGAUGCAUAGAGAGUAUCUACAGACAGAUUGUGCAAUCAAUGAGGGAAACUCCGGUGGACCCCUUGUUAAUCUUAAUGGAGAAGUUGUUGGAGUUAAUAUUAUGAAAAUAAUGGCUGCUGAUGGUUUAAGUUUUGCUGUACCAAUUGACUCAGUUUCCAAGAUUGUUGAGCACUUCAAGAAAAUUGGGCGAGUUGUUCGGCCUUGGCUUGGAUUGAAAAUGCUUGAUCUUAAUGAGUUGAUUAUAGCUCAGCUGAAAGAAAGAGAUCCCAUGUUCCCUGAUGUCAGCAAAGGUGUGCUUGUGACCAUGGUAACGCCAGGAUCCCCGGCUGAUCAUGCUGGAUUCCGCCCAAGAGAUGUAGUCAUUGAAUUUGAAGGGAAGCCUGUUGGAAGCAUCAAGGAGAUCAUUGAGAUAAUGCGAGAUAAGGUUGGGAGACCCUUGAAGGUGAUUGUCAAAAGAGGAAACACCAACUUAGUAAGUCUGAUUGUCGUGCCAGAGGAGGGAAACCCAGACAUGUAAAACACUUUACAGGAGGAUGAUACCCUUAUUCCUCCCCCCCCCCCCCCCAAAAAAAAAAAAAAAAAAAAAGUAAAAUCAUACAGAAGGCAAAGCAUCUGCCAUGAGGUCAUUCUUUG